AUUACCGUUGAGAGUUUAGUUGGUCGGAAACUCUUGAACGUGUCGUUCGUAGACGGGUUACGGAAACCUGUACAAUACCUCGUUUCAGCGUACCUCAAUACCCAAAACAAAUACAAAUCAACCAACAACAAAAUAACAAAAAAAAAGAAAAUCAAACAACCCACAAACUCAUCUGUUGAGAUGACGUGAAAGAGGAAUUCAAAUGAAAUGGAAUGAAAACAUGAAUAAUUAAUUUAUUGAAAGUGCUAAUUACAAAAUAAAUAAUUUAAACAUUAUUGAGUGCAGAAAUUGAAAUCGUGUGCGACAUCGUUUGCAUAGCCACAGGCACGACGACGAAGCGUAUCAACAGCAACAACAACAACCACCAGAGUCAAGUGCAAAAGCAAAGCUUUGCUUUGUUAAAAUCGUUUACUCACAAUGAUAUUAUGAUGAUAGGCGGAGACGACAUCCAACAGGCCUUUUGUGUAAAACGAGAGUUUCGCGCAGUAGAAAAUGCAUUUUAAUCAACUCAAACAGAAACAUCAACAGCAAGAGCAGCAUCAACAACAACAACAACCACCACAACAAAAUACCCACCAAAUUUCAGAUGUUGACUUUACCAAGAACUCUGAUAGGACCAUAUCACUGGCAUCGAACGGAUGUGACCAUGAGAUAAAAACCCUGCUGCAGGCAACAGACACGGAAAAGUUCGGCGGAUCUUCUACGUCUUCCACAGACUCUGGUGUAAAUAUAAGCGAUAAUGAAACCACAUCUCCACCAUCGCCCCUGCCCAACUCACAGCAGCUAUCAAAACAAAUGCCAACAGCCAUCUCUAGCUCGAACGCAGCGUCAACAACAUCGACGGCAAUAACAUACACUCCAUACCGAAAACAGUCUCAACAAAACUAUAACAACAACAAUUCACCCAGUUUUGCACCCAGUGAUAACACAAAAAAUACCAACAACAAAAACAUUGGGCAAAGUUGGAACAUUGCUGGCGCAGACGCUGAGGGGAGGAGGGGUGGUACUAACACUUUCGACAAUGAGUCUCGAAGUGGAGAGCAGUUAAGAAUAAACAGUAGCAACGACAACAGUUGUGGUGGUGCUUUGUCGCCCAGCAAUCCAAAUGCCAUUAAAAUCGAAAAUGUGAUAAAUAGCAAUGCCCCCGCUUCCACGAACGGAACAGAGGCGUCAGACGUGACCGCAGACAAGGGAGCGAGAGCUAUAGGCAAGGCGACACUAUUUAGUGUCCCACCUCGUGUCCCCUCGCCGUCAACGUCGUCCGUUGUGUCCUCAUCGGAUUCGGAUGUGUCGGAAAACCCGCCCUUUCAUAACCACCAUUACCACCACAACGGAUCGCCGGUGGUUUCGAUGCGAAGCAUCGACUCCAGUGUCAUUGAUUCCAGUGACAGUGAUUCCGAUGAGAAUGGCAAUCUCGAAGGUGAACACAAAAACUAUGUGAUAAAAAAGUUGGGCACUCAAGUGACAUACCCGCCGAAACAUCCUGAUAUUCCGGUCAUCAACGACGGCCUCAAGGUGGUGGACCAGAAAAUAACUCCCAACGGCAUGGGACCGUCGCCAGCAUCACCGCUGGACAUCAUCAAGAAUAUGUGUGACAAUGUGGCGGUGCUACAUCCCCAUAGGCAAGUGGCAGCGAGUUCCUCUAUUCGGCCGCAGGUUGCCAUUAGCAGCUCCACCGAUGUCACCAUUGGCGACAAGCACUUCUACGAGGGUCCGGUGACCAUACAGCAGUUCCUAAUCGACAGUCGCAACAAAUGGAACGAAAGCAAUGGCAACGAUAAUGUCGUCUUUGUCGAUGACAACGGUGAUAGUCGAAAAAAUGCCAAAGAUAUUAACGAACCAUCAGCGCCAGCGGAUUCGGAUGGGCGGUGUGUGAGCAUAUUGAAGCGAAAAAAGUAUUUGAUCGCCGGUGCCUGCGCAAUGAUAACCUUGAUCGUACUGGCCAUUGUCUUUGGGAUCGAGGUGUCGGCGGAGAACAAAAGUAAGCUUGUACCCGGAAAUAGCGAAGAAUCGAGAAAGAAUAUUCCAAUCAAUUCAACCAUAGCUCUGGAUAAUGUGGGCGGUGGAAAUGUCUUACGGAUAGUGGCACGCGACGGAUGGUUAGCUCAGCCUCCAAUAAAUGAUUUGGUUCCACUGGAUCCGCCUGUUGAACGAGUCAUUGUAAUCCAUACUCGGACUUCAAAUUGCGAAACUCAGGCGGCCUGUACAUUCACGGUGCGCUACACUCAGACGUUCAACAUCGAGUCCCAGCAACAGGAUGAUAUCAUUUACAAUUUCCUAAUUGGUGCAGAUGGCAACGUUUACGAGGGUCGCGGUUGGGAUUAUCGUGGCUCCGUCAUCCAGGGUUACAACGAUGAUAGCAUAAGUCUGGCGUACAUCGGGUCGUUUAAGAAACAAAUGCCGUCGGAGAAACAGCUCAACGUAACCAGGUUAUUGCUGGCCGAAGGUGUUCGCCUGGGCAAACUGUCGUCGGAUUAUAGAAUAGUCGGAGCAAAUAAAUUGGACCCAACAUCGACUGCAACAUCUGCCGAUGCAUUGUAUGAAAGUUUUAAAGACUGGCCACAUUGGUCAGAUCACUGAUCAGAAUAGUUUUAAAUACCUAAAAUAAGUUUAAUGCCAAUCGAAUCAUUGGAAUACUGUCAUUGGUUGUAAUUCGUUAUCAUUUGUUGAGCUCUUGGUGAGCGUUGUCAUUAGAUAGUAAGGUACCUGAAAAUUCCCAUCCACAUUGUAUAUAUACAACGUUGUUCCAUUUAGUAAUAUUGUUCUCAAAAUUGUUAUUAUCAUGCCUCCCCAGCAAAAUUUACAUUUGUAUAUUUUAUAAAUUAUGACCCGAUUUGUGCUGUGACCCGAUUAGAAAUUAUCUUUAGAUCUAUUGGCGGAGGAAUGACAAACUGAUUCGGGUAAUUUAAGUCUAAAUUUUAAUAUUGUAAUUUACUAGUCCCCCUAAACAAAAUCAAAAUUCAAUAAGAAACGACUGCAAUGGAUAUACAUACAUACACAUUUAGAGAAUAAAGUGAAAAAUAUAUUUAAAAAUCAUAAAAUUAAAAAUUAACAUAUAUUAAUAAAUUUUUCUAAUUUCGA